AUGUCCGUUACAUUACAUUUAAGAGCUGAAACUAAACCAUUGGAGGCGAGAGCUGCUUUGACGCCAACCACUGUGAAACAUUUAAUCAAAAAAGGGUUUAAGAUCUAUGUGGAAGAUUCACCGCAAUCAACAUUUGGUAUCGAUGAAUAUAAGAAAAGUGGUGCUCACAUUGUACCUGCUGGUUCUUGGAUUGAAGCUCCAAGAGAUAGAAUUAUUAUUGGAUUGAAAGAAAUGCCAGAAGAAGAUAGAUUCCCUCUUGUUCAUCAGCAUAUUCAAUUUGCUCAUUGUUACAAAAAUCAAGCGGGUUGGGAAAAUGUUUUGAAAAGAUUUAUAAAUGGACAAGGUAUACUUUAUGAUUUAGAAUUUUUAGAAAAUGAUCAAGGCCGUAGAGUAGCUGCAUUUGGAUUUUAUGCAGGGUUUGCAGGGGCUGCCAUUGGCUUAAAAGAUUGGUGUUUUAAGAUAUUGAAUUCUGUUGAUGAAGAUCUAGGACCAAUUGUUCCAUAUCCAAAUGAAUCUUCUCUAAUCAAAGAUUUGAAGAAUUAUUACACUAGAGCAGUUAAGAAAAAUAAUGGAGUGGCUCCAAAAAUUUUAAUUAUUGGUGCAUUAGGCAGGUGUGGCUCAGGUGCAAUUGAUUUCUUGAAGAAAAUUGGUGUUCCAGAUAGAAAUAUAAUCAAAUGGGAUAUGAAUGAAACUAAAAAAGGUGGUCCUUUCAAAGAAAUUGUAGAUUCUGAUAUCUUCAUAAAUUGCAUAUAUUUAUCAAAACCAAUUCCUCCCUUUGUAAAUGAUAAAAUACUGAACAAUCCACAUAGAAAAUUAACUACUGUAGUUGAUGUUUCUGCAGACACUACAAAUCCACAUAAUCCAAUCCCAAUUUAUAAUAUUGCUACAGUAUUUAACAAACCAACAGUUACAGUGCCUACUACCCAAGGUCCAAAACUAUCUGUUGUUUCUAUCGAUCACUUGCCUUCUCUAUUACCGAGAGAGGCAUCCGAAGCCUUCUCACAUGAUCUAUUGCCAUCUUUGGAGUUACUACCACAGCAACACGUUGCCCCAGUGUGGACUAGAGCUUAUCAAUUAUUUAAAAUCCAUUCAGCUAGAGCAUACAGAGAAUCCAAAUUAUAA